AUAAUGUUCAGACUAUCAGUGUAGAAGCACUCGCGAAACGCGAAAUGAACUUGUGAAUUGAGUUGCAGCAGCAGUUGGAUAUAGUUGCAGUGUGCUGCAGCGCCAGCAAUUUUAGACGUUCGUCAUUCGUCGUGCGUGUGCGUGCGUGCUUGGAGAAUUCAUGUGUGCGUGUGAGUGUGUGUGUGGGGGGCAGUGACAAUGAAAAAUUCCUAGUCGAAAGUAAGAAAACGUCGCGCUAAUCGACUACGAUCAACGGAUUCGAAGCGAGCCGAUGCUCUAUAGCUUGCGGGCCAAGCGCUCAACGCGAUAGCAUUCGAGGCUCAAACAUCGGACGGAACCACGGCAGAAAAUUGAUGCGCGCUCGAGGCAACGACUUGCAAGCCUACAGCAGCAGCAGAUCGCCGAUCCAAAUAACCAAUUUGCGCAAGGCACAAUAGCAACUAUACAUAUCGUACAAAAGGGCUUCUGCCGAGAAUCCUCUGGGCGAGACGUAAGCCACAGCUUGUCUGAUUGACUCGAGUUUGAGCAAUCGACACUCGGUCCAUCGGAUCAAGCUCGCACGCGAAAUCAUAACAUUAAAUCUUCGUAGUUACUUUACGACAAUUCGCAGCCAUAUAUGGCCGACUUCAUUACAACAAUCUUCCGCAGGCAGUUGAUGUAAUCAGCUACAUACAUUUCAGUGACGGAUAAAAAAAGCGCGACUGACUGCCUUAUUGUGUUUACAUAUAUUCAUGUCUAGUCAGAGCAGCAAAAGCAGCAGCAUCAUUGAACGAGCGCAAAAGUGAUGGCAGCAAUUUGGUGUUUUCAAAUAAAAGGAGCGACUCGGAGAGCUAUCUGAACGCGUCAAAACAUUGAAUGCGCAGCAACAGUAGUAGCAGGGGCAGCAGCAGCAGCAACGUGUCUCUUCCUCUCUCUCUCUUUCUUUUAUACACACAUCUCGUGAGCCAAGUAUCGCGUGCAUUGUCGCCUUGUAGCAUCGAGUUCGAAAGACGACUUUUUAAGCUGCGCGAGUACGGACUCUGGUGAGACGCGACUGCUAUUCGUUAUACUCGUACGUAACAAGUGCAUAUACUGAUCUACACGAGGUACACUUGUCGAUCGAGAGUCGUGAAACGACGAUUACGCUACGCUACUUAUACGCUACUCUAAGUUUCCAAGUAUACAAACAUCAUGGACGUGGACGAACUCGAUCAGCACUUGCUGCAUCAAUUCAGUUGCAUGGGCACGACCGACAAGGAUGACCUGGUCAAACAAUUACAGAGAGUGCUCGACGGGAGCCACCUCAACGAGGCCACCGCAGCUUUUUUCCUCGACAUGAACAACUGGAACUUACAAGCUGCAAUUGGAAGUUACUGCGAUUUUGAGGCAACAUGUAAGUUACCAAGCAUGAACUUGGUAUGUGAUACCACAAUUGGAGAAGGAGAAUCUGUACAACCAAACACAAAAUUUGUCAAAUCCUGGAUUGUUCAAAAUAGUGGUCCUGAACCUUGGCCAGAAGGACUAUGUUUGAACUUUACCAGUGGUGUACAAAUGGGAGAAGUCACAAGCAUACCAGUUCCAAUGUUGCAACCAAGAGCAACUACAGAACUCAGUGUUGAAUUAGUGAGCCCUCCAACGUUAGGUGUAUACCAAGGCAAAUGGCGAAUGAUGACUUCUAAUGGAUCUUACUUUGGAGAUAUCAUUUGGGUUAUUGUGACAGUAAGUGAAAGUGGUACCUUAGCAGUCACUCAACAACUUCAUCACCUCAGUACAUCGCAUUCAAAUGAUGACCAAAUGUUGUAGCCUUCAAACUAGGCUUGUUACAUAUAAAUUUUCUAAUACUUUGAACUCACAAGCUAAAAUAAUUUUCGUUAUACAUUAGAUUAAAGUUUUUAAUCUACGAGAUUUGAUGGAAGAACUUGGGGUUUUUUUUUUAAAUAAGCAUCAUAUUUUCUUCAGAUUUAAAAAAAAAACUAUAAAUAUAAAAACAGAUUUUAAAAUAAUCUAUUUAUUAAAUUAUAAAAGAGGAAUAUUUGAUUUAGAAGUUUGUUUCUAAAAGAUUUAAAUUCAUAAUUUUUAAGUAAAAUUUUGGCCUAUAAAAUGUUUUAUUCUUGUGUAAGAUAUCUGAUGAAACUUUAAAAUUUCUUUAUGCAAAUUAAAUAGAUAGAGCUAACUAUUUUGUAAGUUAUGCUCAUUUGAGCCAAGAAUUAGAGUGAAUUUAGAAUAACUGUAGUCCAAAAAAAAUCAAUGUAAAUUAAAACGAACAUGGUUAUUCUUUUGUUGUACUUGAGCAUAAAAAUAUAUAUAUUGUGAUGUUUUGACUACCAAUUUGUAAACAAUAUUUAAAGUGAAAAGUCAUAAGAGUAAUGUAUAUCUUAAGAUAUGAGUUUAUUGAAUAUACAUAUAAUUUUUAUUAGAAAAAUAAAAAAAUAGUUAUUGCUAGAAA